AUGGGACCAACCAUGCCGGAAACUGUAAAAAGCAUGUUCACCCCGAUUUCCGAGGAUUUGAAAAAGUUUGAGACGGAGGUGACACGUGUCUACACAUUCCAAUACCGGCAACGGCAUCACUUGAUAAGUGGGCUGACGAAGAAGGAGAAUGCGUUUGAUAAGCUUCGAGACGCUUAUCAGUUCGAGAAGAAGAAAAAAGAGAAUUAUAAAGACCAACUAGACAACAUGACCCGCCUCCUUCAAGCCAAGGAGCUGGAAAUCUCGGAACUCCGCCUCGCCAACAUUCGAUUCCAGCAAGCUCCGCCCCCUUCGUCCACCCAGACUCCGCCCACUUUUGCUGAAAAAUCGGCGACGCCGUCGAUGAUCCGGGUGUUCACGGAUUCAAUGUAUCAGGGAAAGGAUUCAGAAGCACAUUCAGAAGACGUCGGAAUUCUGGGAAUGAGGAAAACGAAAAAUGUGGAGGCGGCGCAGAGAAAAAUUAUGGAUAUUCCACCACACAAAUCAAUGACGUGCCAACCAUCGUCGAAACAGGCGUCCCGUGCUCCACCAUCCGCCCCAUUUUCAGACGAUUCUAAUUUUCAGACACCACGAGUCGCAGCAGUGAAGAAGGAUCUGAAAGGAUUCACCACCCCAGCCAACCCGCCCCACAUGUUUCCAUUCAUCAAAAAGUUCGAAAUGCAGGCCAAAACGACGGCGCGCGCCCCAAAAAUCGAUAAUCGUUCUUCUCAACAUAGCCAAUAG